AUGGACGCCGCGCCGAGGCGGAACCGCCCGGAGGGGCCGGCGGAGCGCCCGCCGCCUGCUCGGGACUCGGAGGAGGAGGAGGAGGAAGCCGGGAUGGAACCCGGUCUGGCGGACGAGGAGGAGGUGGACCCCCGGAUCCAGGGGGAACUGGAGAAGCUCAAUCAAUCCACGGAUGAUAUCAACAGACGGGAGACUGAACUUGAGGACAUCCGUCAGAAGUUCCGCUCUGUCCUGGUCGAAGCGACGGUGAAGCUGGAUGAGCUGGUGAAGAAGAUCGGCAAGGCCGUGGAAGACUCGAAGCCCUACUGGGAGGCUCGGAGGGUGGCGAGGCAGGCGCAGCUGGAGGCUCAGCGGGCCACCCAGGACUUCCAGAGGGCCACCGAGGUGCUCCGCGCCGCCAAGGAGACCAUCUCCCUGGCCGAGCAGCGGCUGCUGGAGGACGACAAGCGGCAGUUCGACUCAGCGUGGCAGGAGAUGCUGAACCACGCCACCCAGAGGGUCAUGGAGGCGGAGCAGACCAAGACGCGGAGCGAGCUGGUGCACAAGGAGACGGCGGCGCGCUACAACGCGGCCAUGGGCCGCAUGCGGCAGCUGGAGAAGAAGCUCAAGCGGGCCAUCAACAAGUCCAAGCCUUACUUUGAGCUCAAGGCGAAGUACUACCUACAGCUGGAGCAGCUGAAAAAGACGGUGGAUGAGCUGCAGGCCAAGCUGGCCCUGGCCAAGGGCGAGUACAAGACGGCGCUGCGGAACCUGGAGACCAUCUCGGAUGAGAUCCACGAGCGGCGGCGCUCCGGCGCCAUGGGGCCCCGCGGGCGCGGCGUCGGCGCCGAGGGCGGAGCUGUGCCGGCCGAGGGCCCGGCGGGGCGCAAGCCUGAAGCCGACGCCGUUUCCGUGGCCUCCGAGGCCUUCGAAGAUGACAGCUGCAGCGCCUUUGUGUCUGAGGAUGACUCGGAAACCCAGUCCCUGUCCAGCUUCAGCUCGGGGCCCACGAGCCCGUCGGAGACGCCCGAGCAGUUCCCCACGGCCGUGCGGCCCGCCAGCCUGGACCUGCCCAGCCCCGUGUCCCUGUCGGAGUUUGGGGUGCUGUUCCCGGGGCUGGGCCCCCGCAGCGAGUGCAGCGGGGCCUCGUCCCCCGAGUGCGAGGUGGAGCGAGGGGACAGAGCAGAGGGGGCAGAGAAUAAGGGUGACAAGGCGGGCAGCCAGCGGGGGCUGGGCAGCAGCAGCGGUGACGACGGCAGGAGCCCCCCGAAGCCCGCGGGCCAGGCCCUGGAGGACGGGGUGCAGCGGCUGUCCCUGCGGGGCCCCGGGCGUGCGGGCCUCACGGACACACACGUGGUGCAGAUCGGCUGA